GCCGCCGCCGACAUGGCGACAAGCUCCUGUAGGGAGAAGGCUCAGAAGCUGAACGAGCAGCACCAGCUCAUCCUGUCCAAACUGCUGAGGGAGGAGGACAACAAAUACUGCGCCAACUGCGAGGCCAAAGGUCCCCGAUGGGCUUCCUGGAAUAUUGGUGUGUUUAUUUGCAUCAGAUGUGCUGGAAUUCAUAGAAAUCUUGGGGUUCAUAUAUCCAGGGUCAAGUCAGUCAACCUAGACCAAUGGACACCAGAACAGAUACAGUGUAUGCAAGAUAUGGGAAAUACUAAAGCAAGACUACUUUAUGAAGCCAAUCUUUCAGAAAACUUUCGAAAACCACAGACAGAUCAAGCAGUAGAAUUUUUCAUCAGAGAUAAAUAUGAAAAGAAGAAAUACUAUGAUAAAAAUGCUAUAGCUAUUACAAAUAAAGAAAAGGAGAAAAAAAAGGAAGAGAAAAAGAAAGAAAAGGAGCCAGAAAAGCCUGCCAAACCACUAACAACUGAAAAGCUGCAGAAGAAAGACGAUCAACAACUGGAGCCGAAGAAAAGCACCAGCCCGAAAACUGCUGCAGAGCCCACUGUUGACCUCUUAGGACUUGAUGGUCCUGCUGAGGCACCAGUGACCAAUGGGAGUACAACCACAGUGCCACCCCUGAAUGACGAUCUGGACAUUUUUGGACCAAUGUUUUCUAAUCCUUUACCUGCAACUGUCAUGCCCCCAGCUCAGGGGACAGCCUCUGUACCAGCAGCUGCUACCCUAUCUACUGUAACAUCUGGGGAUUUGGAUCUGUUCACUGAGCAAACUACAAAGUCAGAAGAAGUAGCAAAGAAACAACUCUCCAAAGACUCCAUCUUAUCUCUGUAUGGCACAGGAACACAGCAAAGCACUCCUGGUGUGUUUAUGGGACCUGCAAAUAUACCAUUUACCUCACAAGCAGCGACUGCAUUUCAAGGUUUUCCUUCCAUGGGUGUGCCAGUGCCUGCGGCUCCCGGUCUUAUAGGAAACAUGAUGGGACAAAAUACUAGCAUGAUGGUGGCCUUGCCCAUGCCCAAUGGGUUUAUGGGAAAUGCACAGACUGGAGUGAUGCAACUUCUUCAGAAUGUUGUUGGCCCUCAAGGAGGAAUGGUAGGACAGAUGGGUACACCACUAAGUAAGUUUGGCCUGCCACAAGCUCAGCAGCCUCAGUGGAAUCUCUCACAGAUGAAUCAGCAAAUGGCUGGCAUGAGUCUCAGUAGUGCAAACCCGACCGCAGGUUUUGGCCAGCCCCCAAGCACAACAGCAGGGUGGUCUGGAAGCUCAUCGGGACAGACUCUGAGCACACAGCUGUGGAAGUGAAAAGCCGCAGCAGAGUUUCAUCCAGAACCAACACCCGACAUUCCUCGCUACAAAGGCAUCUGGUUCCCGUUUAUUCAUGUACAUAUGUAUUUUCUUUUCCCCCAUUUGUUCGCAUUAAGAAUUACCUGAUUG